UUCUUUCUUUUCUUUUAUUUUUUUUUUCUUUCUUUCUUUCUUUCUUUCUUUCUUUUUCUUUUUUAAUUUCUUUUCUUUUUUUUUCUUUUCUGUUCAAAUGUUUUUUUUUUUUUUCUCAUUUUUUUUCUUUGAUUUGCCUUUCUUUCUUUCUUUUAUCUUUCUUUCUUUCUUUUUUCUUUCUUUCUUUCUUUUCACUUAUUUCUUUCUUUCUUUUCUGUUCAGUUUAAUUUUAAGACUUAAAAUAACUGUUCUUUUUUCUACCUUUUUUUUUCUUUUUUUCUCAUUCGGUUUGGUUUAUUUUCUUUUUUUCUUUUUUUUAUCUUUUUUUCUUUCUUUUUCUUUUUAUUUUCAUUUUUCUUUCUUUUCUUUCAUUUUUUUUAAAAAACUUUUUAUCUUUACCUUUUUUUUUUUUUUUUUAGAUUGUUUUAAUUUUCUAAUUUUCAUUUUCUUUUCUUUUUUUUUUUUUCUUUCUUUUUUUUUUUUUUUUUUUUCUUUCUUUUUUUUUCUUUUUAUUUUAUUUGAAAACUUUUUUUUUUCUUUUUUUUUUUUUUUUUUAGAUUUUUCAAAUAUUUCAUUGCCUUUUUUCUUUUUUUUCUUAUUUGAACUGAAUUCUUUUCUCUUUUUUUUUUUUUUUUUUUUUUAUUUGGAAAAAUUGAUUUGCAUAAAUUUUUCUUUCUUUUUUUUUCUUUUCUUUUUUUUUCUUUCUUUCUUUUUCUUUCUUUCUUUAUUUUUUUUCUUUUUUUUCCGUUCAUUUUUUUUUUAUAUUUGUCAUUGUUUUUCUUUCUACCAAAUUUUUUUUCUUUUUCUCAUUCGAGAAUUUUUUUUUUUUCUUUUUUUGAUUAUAUUUUUUUCUUUCUUUCUUUCUUUUUUUUCUUUUUUGUUUUUUUCUUUAUUUGAACUAUCUUUGUUUGGUUCAUUUUUCCCUUUUUUCUUUCUUUUUAAUCUUUCUUUCUUUCUUUCUUUAGAUUUUUUAUGUCUAUCGGAUUUUUUUUCUAUAAGAUCUAUAUGGGAAAGGAGAAAAAUUUCUUUCAUUUUUAUUGUCAUCGCCUUUUUUUUUUCUAUAAGACAAAUUUUUUGUUUUUUCCUUUCUUUCUUUUUUUACAAGAAAAUUUCUUUCUUUCAAUUUCUUUCUUUUUUUUUUAAAUCUAUUUUUUUUUUUUUAAAUUUAAUUUGCACGGUUCUUUUUCUCCCUUUUUUCUUUCUUUUUUUUUCUUUUUUUUUUCUUUCUUUAUUUUUAUGUCUAUCCUUUUUUUUUCUAAAGAUCUGCAUGGUUUUAAUAAACUUUCUUUCUUUCUUUCUUUCUUUCUUUCUAAUAUUUUUUUAUUGUCUUAUAUCUAUUUUUUUAUAUAUAAAUAGAAAAUAUUUUUUUUUUUUUUUUUUCUUUCUUUUUUUUUUUCUUUCUUUUUUUUCUUUCUUUCUUUCUUUUUUUUCUUUUUUUAUAUAUAUUUUUAUAUUUUUUUUUCUAUAA